AUGGACAGUGGCGCGUCAGCACACAUGUGCAAGGAUCGAGAUGCGUUCGAAGAGUCUGAAGAAGUGCAUCAUGCGCGCAGUAUUUCAAGCGCAAAGAGCGACGUGAAGCUGAAUGUCAUUGGACAUGGGACAGUGAAGCUGCGCGUCUGGACAGGACAUGCGUGGAUCGACGCUCGCCUUGAGAACACACUUCACGUUUAA